AUGGAGUACAACUACGACGCGUAUGGUUACGGGUCCGACUACUUAGCUGGUACUAGUACAGGACAUGACGUCUAUCCUUGGCAAGAAGACCAAAACGUUGCCAGUCGGCCGAGCUACUACUACGACUCUUCUCAACACCAGCGUCAGGGCUGGGCAUUUCCCACCUCCAACACAGAGUUCUUCACGCCCAUGGACCCCACUCUACUCCAAAACAAUUAUCAGUACGCGAACAUAGACUCCGGACGACCACCUCACUUCGCAUCCCAAUAUCCCGGGUCUGCAAGUCGUGGAUAUGUCUCAUCAGGAAACGACUGGACAGACUCUCGUGAUUCUCACUCCCGACACGCCGGUUCCUAUCAUCAAUCCACCCAACUGCCUUCGACACCCGCACAGAUCCAUAUAAAUCCCAGCGAACCCACCCCACCCUCCUCUCAUUCCUGGGAUAGUGCAGUCUAUUGUUGUUGGCAAGUUCCUGGACGUAAACCAGGAACUUUGGUCGACUGUGGUGAGAAGUUCACCGAACUCGAGUUUGCCAAUCACAUCAGACGUCAUUUUGAGCGCUCAAACGCUCACUUCACUGGAGACGUGGAGCUCUGUAUUCAGGCAUGUACGUCUUCAUUUGGGAUGGGGGAGAUUGAAGUGUAG